GCAGGGCUCAAAAAAGUAGAGGCAGAGCAUUUGCAGAGUCUGCUAGGAAGCAGAGGCAUCCUUACAGAGGGAGCUCAGCACCAGCUGCUCCUACCUCCCUACAGUUCCCACCAGCAGUCCUCCCAAGCAUGCAAACAAGAUAAAAGACACUUAACACGACUAAUAGAAAGUGACUUCGUGCCAGAGCAAAAUCCAGCAGGAUAAAGCUUCAGCUCCAGAGGUAUAUACAAGGCAAGCACAGGAAUCACAUUAGCAGAAGCCUAUUUUACAAAACAUUGCACCCUGUCCAGCCUUCUCUCCAUCCAUGGCAUCUGUGCUGGGGACCAGCAGGACCACAGGAUGUCCAAGUGGCCAACUUAAAUUCAAGUCUAAAAGAAGAAGGAGGAGAUCAAAAAGGAAAGCUCCGGCCUGUUUUUCUAAACAAUCAUCGACUUGGGACUUCCUGGUAACUACACAGCCCACCGUGAUGUCACCACAGCAGAUAAGACAUUCUAGCUCAGAGGCCAAGAUGAGCUGUCAGGGAACCUCUCCUGGCAGGAGCAUUCAAGGAAGCAUGAAAUAUAGAGAAAAAAUUAGCAUGCUCUCAACGCUGAUCGUCCCCUUCAAGUAUAUAAAUCCAGGAGCGAGCAGCGUCGAUGAUGAAGAUAAUCUGAGUACGAGUAGUGCCGAAGUAAAAGAAAAUCGUAAUAUUGAAAACAGAGAAGACCAUGUUUUAUCAUCUAGUGAUCGGCCAAAAGUUGGACCGUCCAGCAUUAAGCGAAAAAGACCCUUAGAAGAAGGCAAUGCAGGACAUUUUUGUAAACUGCAAAUCAUAUUAAAGAAACUUUCCUGGUCAGUGACUCCUAAAAAUGCUCUUGUUCAACUUCAUGAACUAAAACCAGAUUUGCAAUAUAGAAUAGUUUCUCAGACUGGCCCCGUACACGCGCCUGUCUUUUCUGUAGCUGUGGAAGUAAAUGGACUAACUUUUGAAGGCACUGGACCAACCAAAAAGAAAGCAAAAAUGAGGGCAGCAGAACUGGCUCUUAAAUCAUUUGUCCAGUUUCCAAAUGCAUGUCAAGCACACUUUGCAAUGGGAAAUUGUAUCAACCCAUCAACCGACUUCACGUCCGACCAGGCAGACUUUCCAGACACUCUGUUCAAAGAGUUUGAACCAUCUACACACAGCGAUCCCUUCUCAGGCUAUAGCCCAGUUAAUAAUGAAUUGCUUUCUAGUGCAUAUCGACAUGGGAGAUUAGUCUGUCACACGUUGGAUUUAAUGGGCCAUGCUAAACAAAACAAGCACAAGAUGGCAUCCCCAGCUGAGAGUGAAAAGAACCCAGUGGUGAUGCUCAAUCAAUUGCGACCCGGUUUGAGAUACGUCUGCCUUUCGGAGACUGUGGAAAAGCAGCAUAUCAAGCGUUUUGUGAUGGCGAUGAGAGUUGAUGGGAGGACAUUUGAAGGCACGGGACGCAGCAAGAAGUUGGCAAAGGCCCAGGCGGCACAGGCCGCGUUGAAGGAUCUCUUUAACAUUCAACUGACCAGUCACAUACCCAUUAGGAGUAAAUGUAAUCAUUUGCCACAGGAGUUUGCAGAUUCCAUAUACCAGUUAGUGAUACAGAAAUCCCAGGAGCUGACAGCGAGCAUCCCAUCAGUAUGCACACGUCACAAAUCGCUGGCUGCUAUAGUAAUGACCAGAGGUUUGGAUCUCAGGCAAGCACAGGUCAUUGCAUUAUCGUCUGGAACUAAAUGUAUCAAUGGAGAAUACCUUAAUGACCAAGGUCUGGUGGUCAACGACUGUCACGCAGAGAUUGUCGUCCGUAGAGCGUUUCUUCACUACCUUUAUACUCAGUUGGAACUCCAUUUAAGCAAGCAAAGAACGGAUUGGGAGCGGUCUAUUUUCAUUAGAUUGAAAGAAGGAGGCUACAGGCUGAAAGAAAACGUCAUGUUUCACUUGUAUAUUAGCACCUCACCAUGUGGAGACGCAAGGAUAAAUUCACCUUAUGAGAUCACAUCUGAUUUAAACCGAUGCAAGCACAUAGUGAGAAAAUAUCGGUGUCACCUCCGCACAAAGAUUGAAUCUGGAGAAGGAACUAUUCCUAUUCGAUCACGGACACCGGUGCAAACAUGGGACGGUGUGUUAUCAGGGGAGCAGCUUGUUACAAUGUCAUGCACAGACAAAAUUACCAGGUGGAAUAUUCUCGGGUUACAAGGCUCUCUUCUCAGCCAUUUCAUCGAGCCCAUCUACUUACACAGCAUUGUCGUCGGAAGCUUACACCACGCUGGUCACCUUUCCAGGGUAAUGAGCCAAAGACUAGAAGAUAUUGGUAAUUUGCCAGCCCCGUAUCGGCAUAAUCAUCCGCUGCUCAGUGGAGUCAGUAAUGCUGAAGCACGCCAGCCGGGGAAAUCUCCAAACUUCAGUGUAAACUGGAUUGUAGGAAACUCUGAUCUCGAAAUUAUUAAUACUAUAACGGGAAAGAAGACUAGUGGCACUUCAUCAAGGAUUUGCAAGCACAUGCUGUACACUCGAUGGUCAAAGCUAUUCGGAAAGCUCAGCUCAAGGACUUUAAUUCAUGGGGAAAUGCCUUUGCUGUACAGUGAGGCUAAGCUGUUGGAUUCAUUGCAUCAGUCCGUCAAGCACCAGCUCGUUAAAGCCAUUCAGAAAGCAGGUCUGGGCACAUGGGUAAAAAAACCUACGGAACAGGAUCAGUUUCUAUUAACUCUAUAAAGGCCGCUCACAUCUUUCCUUCCGGAACCGGAAACUACUGCAUUGGGAAACGUGAUUCAAACUGCCGGAAUUUGAUGCCUUCUGUGCAAAAACUUUGUUAAGAAUAAACUCCAUUAGAUUAUUUUUGUAACGCAGGAAAUACAUAAAUAUUACUUUGAUAUUUCUUUUCCCCACCUGCUAGGAGAGCGGGACCAGUAAAGCAUCGAGUUAUAUUAGUCUCCAGCUUUUCGAUAGUUAAUGCACUAAUCAUACCACUAGUACACCUUUCUUUUUGAAUAGAGAUCCUCUACUAUAAGUUGUUGCUGCUUAAGCCUUGGAAUCAGAAGAGUUCCAUCUGUAGCUACUGAAAAACAAAUGGUACAGCGAGAUUUUGUUAGAGGAUUGCUUGUUUCCCUGUAACUCCGUAAAUACUUCUAACGCUUUAUUCCAGGAGUAAACAGAAAACCCAGCUAAUUCCAAAGGCAACGGCCAUGCAUUUAGAGAAAUAAACAUGGUUUUCUUGAAAGAAAAAAAAAAGCAAAUGCGCCAGUCAUUCUAACCCAUGCCAACAGCAAGAUUUCUGUCAAUGAUAAGAAAUACAUAAUGGCUAUUCGGAGAGAUUUUAUUAAUUCGUGGAAAACAAGAUCAGGAUUUUCAAAAAGUUAUAGGCCAUUUAUUGUGCUUGGAGUGAAUU